CCCCUGUGGUUAACGACCCCGACCACCGAAUGCAUUAUGAUUUUUGUGGAGAUUUAGGCAUUAAGAAAGUUUACCAACAAGCCUUUACGAGCAUGGCAACAUUGGAUAUUAAAGGAACAUUAACUCGACUAAUUAAAGAGUUAACCAAGGCCAGGUAUUUUCUGACCGUUGGACCCGACGAACUUCCCUUAUCUUCCCCAUCUUAUUUAUCUUCAAUUGUUUCUUCCGACGAAGGCACUUAUUCGGUUUCGGACCACACUACUUUCCAAUUUUAUCUUUUUAACAAGAUUGAGAUGAGUGCUAAUGCUCGGUAUUUAGGCCUAGUGCAAAAAUGUGGAAAUUGUCAAAAGUUCAUCGAAAACAAAACCGACUCUUGCCAAUGUGAACCCGAGCAGCAGCAGUUCCAGUUCGUUUUGCCUUACAAACUUUAUCUUAACUUUGCUCCUGCCGUUAAAUGUGAAGUUAGCACCGAAGCUACUUUUGAAGAUUAUGAAAAUCCUCUUCGUUAUAUGUCUUAUGUCAAAGUUAAAG